CUCCUCCGUCCCCUCCUGCCGCGCGGCGUGAGCGCCGGGCUCGGGGCCCCCCCGGCCGCCCGCCCCCUCCCCUCCCUCCCCUCCCCUCCCCUCCCCCCCCCGGGCCCCGCGCCCCCCCCGCCCCCACCCCCCCCAUGGACAUGCUGGACCCGGGUCUGGAUCCCGCUGCCUCGGCCACCGCUGCUGCCGCCGCCAGUCACGACAAGGGACCCGAGGCAGAGGAGGGCGUCGAGCUGCAGGAAGGCGGGGACGGCCCUGGGGCGGAGGAGCAGACGGCGGUGGCCAUCGCCAGCGUCCAGCAGGCGGCGUUUGGCGACCACAACAUCCAGUACCAGUUCCGCACAGAGAAUAAUGGAGGACAGGUGACGUACCGCGUAGUCCAGGUGACUGAUGGUCAGCUGGAUGGCCAGGGCGACACGGCUGGCGCCGUCAGCGUUGUGUCUACGGCUGCCUUCGCUGGGGGUCAGCAGGCUGUGACCCAGGUGGGUGUGGAUGGGGCAGCCCAACGUCCUGGCCCCACUGCUGCAUCUGUGCCCCCAGGUCCCGCAGCACCCUUCCCACUGGCCGUAAUCCAAAAUCCCUUCAGCAAUGGCGGCAGCCCUGCAGCCGAGGCUGUCAGUGGGGAGGCACGCUUUGCCUAUUUCCCAGCAUCCAGUGUGGGAGAUACCACAGCUGUAUCCGUACAGACCACAGACCAGAGCUUGCAGGCCGGAGGCCAGUUCUAUGUCAUGAUGACGCCACAGGACGUGCUUCAGACAGGAACACAGAGGACAAUUGCACCUCGGACACACCCGUACUCCCCGAAAAUUGACGGAACCAGAACACCACGGGAUGAAAGAAGGAGGGCCCAGCACAACGAAGUGGAGCGGAGGCGGAGGGACAAGAUCAACAACUGGAUCGUCCAGCUUUCAAAAAUCAUUCCAGAUUGUAAUGCGGACAACAGCAAGACGGGAGCGAGUAAAGGAGGGAUCCUGUCAAAGGCCUGUGACUACAUCCGGGAGCUGCGCCAGACCAACCAGCGCAUGCAGGAGACCUUCAAGGAGGCCGAGAGGCUGCAGAUGGACAAUGAGCUCCUGAGGCAACAGAUCGAGGAGCUGAAGAACGAGAACGCCGUGCUUCGUGCCCAGCUGCAGCAGCACAACCUGGAGAUGGUGGGCGAGAGCACGCGGCAGUGACACCCGCCCCGCCGCGCGGCGGGGGCUCCUCCGGCCGCCGCCGCCCCUUCCCCAGCCCUUAGCACAGAGAGGGACAGACGCCCCUCCCCCAGCUGCGUUUUUUUAUAGUAGAUUUUUAACAAAACGGGGAGAAAUAAUGCAUUUCUGUGGAUAAGCGCCCACCGCUCUCCUCAACUUGGGAAAUGAUCUCCUCCCUCCCCCUCCUGUCUGUCUCCCUCCUCCGGCCCCCACGGAGCCCCAGCACUUCUAGUGGUCUCGCCUGGAGGCAAGAGGGAGGAGGACGGAGCCCUGCCAUAUCCCGCUGCCUCCUUGGUCUCUAGAGGUACUGAGACAGGGUGCUUUCGGGAAGGAGGGGAGACUUUAGGGGGGCCAGCCCCGGGGCCUGGACCUAAGCAGGGAGGCCAUGUCCCACCCCACCUCUUGUUUCUGGAUCCCUGCUCCCCUUCGAGUGUGUGUGUGUGUUUUAAUUUUCUUUAUGGAAAAGUGGACAAAAAAAUAGAGAGAGAGAGAGAGAGAGGUAUUUAACUGCAAUAAACUGGCCCCAUGUGGCCCCGCCUUGUC